UACCAACUGGGAGUUAUGAUUAAGGCUUGUGAGAGACCAUUUGUACAAUCAUGCCCGUGAAGAAGCUUGUUGUGUGAAACGGGAAUUGAAAAUCAGCUGGCAUAAGACUCGUAGGCUGUUGCUGAAGAUUGACUACAGCUCCUUUUCCCUCUGGAGAACGGUCUGCUCUUUGAAAAGGACAUACGGAAAACAGUGUCCAUUCAAAGGUUCCCAAAGAGGUAUGCAGGAAGCAAUGAAAUGUGAAUGCACAAAGCUGAACAAUGGAGCAACUGGAAGCAGCGGUAAAAGAAUGUCUUCAGGCUCUCAUCUGAAAGAGAAGACCGAAGGGACAGAGAAAAGAAAGAUGUCCUCUGCUCCAUCUGCUUCUCCUGAUUCCGUAAUUAAGCCACAACCCCGGCCCAGCGACAGGCUUAAUCCCAAAACUAUUGAUCCGUUUGGUGUCCAGCCCAGAGCUCCUUCUGCCUUUGCUGCCAUUUAUUCUACUGGGGGCAUCCCUUGCAGGUUGGUUCAUGGCUCUGUUAAACACAAAUUGCAGUGGCAGUGUCAUCCGGAAACCCUUCCAUUUGAUCCCCUCCUUAUAACUUUAGCAGAGGGUCUGAGAGAGACUAGGCACCCGUAUACGUUCGUCUCCAAGGAAGGCUUCAGAGAAAUGCUAUUGGUGGGAGGAGCAGUUCAGAAGGUGGUCCCGCUGCUGCCUCGCCUCAUCCCUGUGUUAAAGGCUGCUUUGACCCAUUCAGAUGGUGAAGUAUUUGAAAGGGGGUUGGCUGCCUUGGUACAGCUGAGUACAGUUGUUGGCCCAGCGCUUAACGAUCAUCUGAAACAUCUCCUUUCAAGUCUUUCCAAGAGACAGAUGAGCAAGAAGUUCAAAGAGCAAACAACAGAUGCUUUGCAGAAGCUGGAACUGUAUGGUGGGAAGGAGAGCUUGGCUGUUAUAAAAUCUAAAAUUCCAACUUACCGUUCAGUUGUUUCCUAAAGAGAGGUAUGAAGAAGAGCAACUUUCCUUGGAAUUGCCCGUAUUGUCAUGAUUUGUCUAUAGGACGCUGUUCUGUCAUCUCUCGGGCUGGGGGGACAAGGAACGAUCAAGGCUCACAAGAUUACGUAUGUUCAAGGCAAUUAUGAAAAGCACCAGCCAAUUGUAUUCUUUGUUUUCCAGUGCUUCUAGCAGGAGUUACCAAUCAGUUCAUCUGGUUUAUUAGGUAGAAUAAUGGCGUCACCUGUGAUUGUCACAUAUAACUGUGAAGAAAAUAGAGAUGCUCGCUGUGUAUUUACAUGUUUUUAAUUCUGGAGUAUGUUUACCAGGUGUGAUGCAUUUGACAUUGAGGGCAUGAUCCUGCUAUAGUUACAUACGAUUCUUACUGGGCACCUAAGUCUUGUCAAACAGGUCAGUCACUUGAAAGUGCUUGGAUUUGUGUGGGUUGGGCCACACUUAAUUUAUUUUUAAGCAGAAACUAAUUCCUUGCUUAAGGCUCAGAGAUACAUUUAUUUUUAUACUGUCAGGUUAGAAAAAGAUAUCUUUUAUUCAGAAUUAAUAAAAAUGUACAAAGUGUGUUAAAUUUAGUGCAGUUUGAGGUUAUCUACUCAGUUUUAUAUUAAUGUGUGAAAAUUGCUUCACUCUUUGAAAGUAUGCUGCAAUUUCAAGUAUU